UUGGAUUUAUUUCAUCUCCUUCAACAUCUGAAUCGGCUAUUGAUAAACUGACAGAAGCUGUUAACAAAAUGUUGAAUCAAUUACAAGAACGACGACCACCUACCUCCAGAAACUCUAACAGAGUAGUUUGUUAUAAAUGUAGAAAAGCAGGCCAUAUUAGUCAAAAUUGUUGUACCCCUAUUAUUCCUAACCCCCCGCCUAACACCCCCCAAAAUUAUACCCCGGGGGCUAUGUACAACCCUGGGCAGAACCAAGUCCCCGCAACAUAUUCUUAUCCUAAUGUAGUCAUCCAAAAUCAUUCAGCACCCGUUGGUCCUAACAUUGUUUCUAAUAAUAAUCCUAAUGUUAAUUCAGGAUUAAGUAAGGUUACUGAAACUCAACAACAAGAAGCUCUUCAGACCUUAUUAGCUAUGGCUGCUAGUUUGGCUCUUACUAAUAAUCAGGGCAGCACAGAUAACCAAAAAAAUUCAAACAACCAACCUACUUAUAUUAGUAUUCCAGUCGAGGAUAUUCCUUUAUUCACUGUUGGGUCACAUGAGAGUAAAAAGUCUAGUAGUAUAGUACGACCUUCUAAACGCCCUCGAGAGGAGGUUGGAGAUUUAGAGUUAGCCGAAGAAGAAACAUUAGAACAGUUAAUAGAAAAGGAAGGUAAUAAAAAUAAAUUAAAUAAAGAAAAGGUUGCAGACGUUCCACCUAAGGAUUAUUCUUCAGACUCAUCUGAAUCGCAGAAUACCACAGGAUCACCCCCGUCUAAAAUUACUAACAAUGCAAUUUCCUCUACCGAUGACCUUGGCAACAAUUCCGUCCUGCAAAAAAACAUUAUUAUUAAUCCUGAUGAUAUCCGAAUUCAAACUUUAAAUCAAAAAAAUAAUAAUAAUAGAGUAAAUUCAUCUCCUUCCUCGAGACUCGAUUCCGCUUUCUUACCUAAUUUUAAUAAUCCUGACACUUUUAUUAGUAAGACUCAAAACUUUUAUUCUACCAAUACCUUUCAAGUAACUAAUGCAAAUAAAUUAGUAUUCUCUUUUAUUAAUGCCCCCAAUGACAAUCCCCCUUUAAUAUUUCUUGAAUACGACUCGGAUGAGUCGCAUGAUUCGAAUUUUGAGUGGUAUGGAACCGCUUGGGAAAAUAAAGAUCUUGAAUAUCAGUUUGGGAUCAAUGAUUCAGAUGCCGACGACAUAAUUGAUGAGUCACGAAGACAGCUUAAAUUAACUAGAAAUGCUUAUCUUCAAGAAGAGAAUGUUAAAAGGGACGUACGAAAUUAUGUUACUGCUGGAAUUAUGAUAGGAGAACAAGUUGAGGAAAUUAAAAAUAUGUUUGACUAUUACUAUGAAGGAGAUUGUAAAAAGAAAAAUACUUAUCAGAUUGGGGAUCUUAGUGAAGCUUAUAAUAAACAGCUUCGUGAGCUCCUUCAUCAAAAUUCUAAGCUAUUCGUGUAG